GCGGGGCUGGCUCACAGGAUAGGAGGGGGGAGGUGUUUUUCUGGGUCGGACGGGCCAAGGGCUCCCUGUCCCUUUUUUAAGCGACAACUUUUUGAGCAAACCACAAGGCAGAGGGAGAGUGCGCGAGGGAGGGGUUUGUCCUGGGGACAGGGAGGAGGAAGUAAGGCGCGAGAGAGCUGGGGCGGGGGCGCGCUGCACAGGAGGCGGGGAGCGGGCCGGGGGAGGGACGCUGCUUCCUUGUUUUUUUUUUUGCUGCUCCGCAUCCCCGCUCCGGACUCUAUAUCCGGGAAGAAGAGGACUUGUUGCAACCCUCCCACCCCAGUCUCCAGCACCCUGAGCCCGGAACUGCUGCCCGCCCGCCCGCGGCUCCUGGCGGUGCUAGGAAGGGGCAGAGCGCUGCAAGAACUUACAGCUCUCCCGUCUGCCCGCGGCUGGUUUAAUCGCGUGCAAUGAGGAUCCGUCUGGCCAGAAGAUGGACUUGGCUUGGCAGAAGCUGCCUGUUGCUUGGCCUCUUGAUGGUUGCCUACUUCGUAGUGGAGCUGUCUGUUUCUACCUUCCAUGCCUCCUCCACCGGAGACAGCGUCACCAAUGGGAGAUGGGAGAGACACUUUUCUGACAGAGCAGAAAAAGCAGAGGAUUUGGCUCGUCCAGUUUAUGAAAAAUCCCCUCCUGAUUCUUCUGCGCCAGGAGAAUGGGGUAAGGCCGCUCGUCCACAGUUGUCUCCUGAGGAAAAGAAACUUGAAGAAGAGCUGAUUGAAAAAUAUGCAAUUAAUAUUUAUUUGAGUGACAAAAUAUCUCUACAUCGUCACAUACAGGACAAUCGAAUGUAUGAAUGUAAAGCCAAAUCUUACAACUAUAGAAAACUCCCAACUACAUCCGUUAUAAUUGCUUUCUAUAAUGAAGCUUGGUCAACCUUACUGCGGACAGUUCACAGCGUUCUUGAAACAUCUCCUGCAGUACUUCUAAAAGAAAUUAUACUAGUGGAUGACUUGAGCGAUAAAAUAUAUCUGAAGGCUGAACUUGAAAAGUACAUUAGUAACCUGAAAAGAGUUCGUUUGAUAAGAACCAGCAAACGAGAAGGACUGGUUCGUGCACGCUUAAUUGGAGCUACUUUUGCUACUGGUGAUGUCCUUACAUUCCUAGAUUGUCAUUGUGAGUGUAACUCCGGUUGGCUGGAACCACUUUUAGAGAGGAUUGCUGAGAACGAGACUGUGAUCAUUUGUCCUGUUAUAGAUACCAUUGACUGGAAUACAUUUGAAUUCUACAUGCAGACGGGUGAGCCCAUGAUUGGGGGAUUUGACUGGCGAUUGACAUUUCAGUGGCAUUCUGUGCCUGAACAUGAACGUCAAAGAUGGAAAUCUAAAACUGACCCUAUUAGAUCCCCAACUAUGGCUGGUGGGCUAUUUGCAGUUAGUAAGAAGUAUUUUGAGUAUCUUGGUACAUAUGACACAGGGAUGGAUGUCUGGGGUGGGGAGAAUUUAGAACUAUCAUUCAGGGUGUGGCAAUGUGGUGGCACAUUGGAGAUCCAUCCUUGUUCCCAUGUAGGCCAUGUGUUUCCAAAGCGGGCUCCAUAUGCGAGGCCAAAUUUCCUUCAGAACACUGCACGUGCUGCUGAAGUGUGGAUGGAUGAGUAUAAAGAACAUUUUUACAAUAGAAAUCCUCCAGCAAGAAAAGAAAAUUACGGUGAUAUUUCUGAAAGAAAGCUACUAAGAGAGCGUUUGAAAUGUAAGAAUUUUGACUGGUAUUUGAAAAAUAUUUUUUCCAGCUUACAUGUACCAGAGGAUCGUCCGGGCUGGCAUGGAGCUAUCCACAGUAUGGGAAUAUCGUCAGAAUGUUUAGACUACAAUUCACCUGAACAUAAUCCUACUGGGACUCAUGUCUCUCUCUUUGGAUGUCAUGGUCAAGGAGGCAAUCAGUUCUUUGAAUAUACAUCGAGUAAAGAAAUUAGGUUUAACUCUGUGACUGAACUAUGUGCUGAAGUGCCUGAACAAAAGGAUUUCAUUGGCAUGAGGAACUGCCCAAAAGAGAGCUCCCCUGUCCCAGAAAAUAUCAUAUGGCAUUUUAAAGAGGAUGGGACUAUUUAUCAUCCUCAUUCAGGAAAGUGCCUUAGUGCUUAUCGUACUUCUGAGGGUCGGCCUGAUGUGCAAAUGAGGACUUGUAAUGCUGCAGAUAAAAAUCAAAUUUGGAAGUUUGAGAAAUAAAAAAGCCACUGAUGAUAGUUAUUAUCUGAAGAACUUCAGCGUAAAUUAGUGGCUGGCUGUGCUUUGGUACACGGAUGUCCUCUGAGAGCCUUCCUUAUAGUAGUUUAGGAGCUAAAUCUCUUAAUACUGAAGUGUACGAAAGUGGGUUGGCAAAUACUGGGAAUUUAGUAUUUAAAAGUGCCUUUUUGUACUGACUUAAGGUUUUUAUUUUUGUAGAGGUUUGAUUCAUUAUUUCUUGCAUUUCAGUUUAUAUUUUAGUUUUAGGAAGAGCAUGACCUGUUUUAGACCUGAAGAUUUCUUACAUCAAAUGAAAGAAAAUCUAUGUUACUUCAGUAUUAAGGUUAAGAAUUUAAAUCUACAGAAGUUAAGGUUCUCACAGCAGUGUUUACUUAGCUAUAUUGCAGAUAUUCACAGAAUAAAUAAUACAGUAGUACGUGGCUGAGUUAACAUUGGUGUGGGAAGUCGAACCUUAAUCCUUAGUACGUUGUAUAAUCAUCCAGGCAUUUAUUGGGGAUCUGCCAACUCCUAAGGGUGUUGAACAGGUCAUAUUAUUUUGAAGGAAUGAAAGUUUCUAUUUUCUAACUACUUGGAAGACGGGAAACAUUAGGACUGGCCCUGCUUCAUUCCCUAAUUCAGUCUUGCCCUAGUUCCUGAAAGCAACUUGAUUCUUCAACACCCUUGCCCUGCACCCUAAUACUGGAGAUAGUGGAACUAGGAAGAUGGGCUGGCAGUAUGAAAAUGUUGGCCAGGUGGAGGUUCGGGGUGGGAAGGGAAUGGUUGGAGACAAUAGAGUGUGUGUGGUGCAUUUAUCUUGAAUGUGAGAGAGAAAAGGAUGGGUCUCAUGUUGACAUCUGUCUCUUAUCUUUCAAUUCUCAGAACUAGUAUGCACAUUCUGAGUCCUCUAAGCAUUAGUGAGUACUCAAUUUCUGGACACUUGUUUAUAGUCUCAACACUAUAUGUUUACAUAAUCUUUUGCAUUCUUUCUUUUUUUAAAUUUAUGUAAUAUUUUAUAUAUCAGUAUGUUAGGUGAAGGAAAGAGGUGCUUGUGUAGGUCUUUUCAUAAUAAUAUUAAGGCAGUGGUUCUCCACCUAUUUACUGUUGCAGGCUGCAUAUGCAGCUCUCCGUGUUAUGUGGGUCAUAUUCACUCCAUAUGUAUAUGGCCUGUGUGGGCCUGAGGACGUCACAUGGGCUGCAGCUGUGUGCUGAUUGGAUCGCAAGCAACCUUCAGGUUGAGAACCAUUGCAUUAAGGUGUUUGUUUAAAUAUGUGAUCGUAGCUAGGACGUUCAAAUAAAGUUUCGUAGGUGUGUGAUAAUUGGAUUGCAUAUUCCAGAAAAAGUACAAUGCCAGUACCAAGUGCGUUGGGGCCUCUACAUGAUUCUUCAAGGCAUUGACUUAAGCUUUGGCAAAUCCAGGUUUUUUUUUUUGUUUGUUUGGGGGGGGGGGAGGUUUCGAUGUUCAUUUUGUGCUCUCUAGCAGUAGCCACCAGAUACCAAAUCUUGAUCUGGGACUGACAGCUCUUAUCUUCAGAUAAAGUCACAAAUUAAUGACAGGAAGUGAGCAAUAAAAAAAAUCUGGGGAAGGUCUAGUGGGAUAUAGUAGGUGGUGUUGGUUCAUUACAACCAGGGCUAGGCAGAAGGGAAAGGAGAUGGCUGUUUGGAGGGAGAAACUGGGGUCGUAAAAGGACUAGGGACUUUCUAGAAAUAAUGAGACAAGAAGGAAAAGGGUGUGUAUUCAGAGGUAUUUCUAAGGACUUUUGAAGGAUUGGAGGGAGGAAGGGAAAGAAGUGGCCAGCAAGUUGAGGCAAGAGUCUCUGGGGCUGGGCUGAAAGAGGGACUAGAUGAGGAAGAUUCUGUAUUAGGAGUGUAGUGCGGGGCCAUAGUAAAAAUGAUUGCCACUAUGUGGCAAUGGACAUUAUAAGUCUUUGUAAUUUAUUUUAAAAUGACUAAUUUGAAAUCUGAUUUGUAUAAAUUGGUAUAGAAUAAGGGAAUUGUAACAUUAUAUUGAUCAGCAAGGCACUCCUUGGCACAUUCACCAAACCUGAUGUGCCAAGGAAUACCUCUGCAUUCCUUUGUAGACCUACUGCUUUGAGAGACUACAGCCCAUGGCAUUCUGAAAGAGCAAGCUUUAUAUGGUCACAUGCAUUUGUGAAAGCCUUACCAUAAACAAAUUUGUUUCAGCAUGCACACUUCCAAAUGGAUUCAUGCUUGCAUGUGCAUCUACCUUGUAUGCCAGGCAUACUUAUUUAGUGAGGGACAUGAAGUACUGUGCAUGCAGACUAUGCAAUUUUUAUUCAGUUCUAACAUUUAUUAUUUUUAUAAAACUAGCAAAUAUUGUGCUCCUCUUGGAGGACUAUUUUGUGAAUUGGAAGUUUAAAAAUAAGUUGUUGCGCUGUCUGAGCAGAAAAUAAGAAUGAAUAAGUUUCUUAAAUAUUACACUCUUUUCAAUGCACUUAUAACUGACAAACAAUUCAAGAGAAUUUUCUUAUUCCAUAUUUCAGCUUUUUUAAACAGAAAAAUAAGACUAAGAAUGCAACACUUCUGCCCAAUCGGAGCAAUUUUUAUAAUAUUAUAAAUAUCUGAUCAUAGGAACUUGGAAACGGCAGUCUCAACCAUAACUGAAGCAUUGCUACUGUAAUCUUUUAAUUCUAUGUACAGAUUUCUGGAAAAUCUGAUACUCUGAGAAACAAAGGUAUAAAUAUAUCUAUUUUUAAUUCUAUCAUAGUUUUAUGGGAAUUUGGGGGGAAAAAUUACUAUAUGUGGAUUUUAAACUACUGAUUUUAAAUGACGAAACUAUGUACAUUUAACAUUGAUUAAAUGUAAUUUUUUUUGAAAACAGUAAUAAAAAUGAUAACUGAACGUA